AUGUCCUCACCGCGGCCUGACGGCCAACGGGCCGCUGGUCACGUCCCAGUGCCCCAUGUUCCUAGGGUGGUCAGCCAGGUACCACUGCCUCCGUACGCGCAGCCUACCCAGACACAGGACGGCACAGGCGGCAAGCUCAUGUCGCUGAACUCGACCAUCAUGGCGGCACAGCGCGAAUGGGAGGAGAAGAACCAGGCUGGCGGCGCAUCGAGCGGCGAAAGUACCUACUCCGAGUCUGCUGCGUCAACCGCAUCGGACGAGCAGUCCAGCCCUGGGUCAGUAGAAGAAGUCUUACCCUCCAUGGGUUCCUCGAGAGGGCCUGCAGCAGGCAAAAAGCGUAGUCUUGUCAGCGUUAACCUAGGAACCUCAUCACGGCCUGCCAAACGGCGUGCCAGGUCGCCUAUUUUGAUGGCAUUAAAAAGACCGCCUGGGUCGUCCCUGUCUUCCUCGCGAGCGGGCCAAUCCAGAGCACCUAGCCACGCGCAACGAAAUACCCAGAACGGUACAAACUACUCAGCGCCCGGUGAGAACGAGUGGCUGCAGUUUAAUUCGUGGGAUGCCAUCGACUAUCGUGCUGAUGGAAUUGCCUAUCACUUUUAUUACGUUGGUAAUUAUAGAAUAAAGACCAUGAACGAUAGAGGGUGCAGCAAGGCUUUCGCGAGCGCAAAGGCCUUGGGGGGGCAUUUCUCUUCGGGUCAUAAAGGCAACGCGUACAAUGACAACUGCGACGGCACACUCUCCAAGGUCGGCUUCUACGACAAAAUUGUUGGAGAAAAGUGGCAGGCCAUCGUGGUAUCGCGGGUCAGCGUGACUGGAAGUGAAGAGGAGAAUCCCCAUGUCUCAACUCCGGGCCCGUUCACAACGGCACAUGUCGCUAUGACAACUCCGGAUCCCUUUACAUACGUUACUGGGUUCCUUUCACGCCAUGUCGACUUUACCAAGUUUCUGAACACGGCGUACAUUCGAGAGCUCUGCGAACUACCGAAGCGCCGCCAGUUACCUGCAUCGUGGAUCAAGUUCCACAGAAACAAGGGCUUGAGCGAAAGGAUGUUUGCCCUUGCAGUUGCUUAUGUCACAGGAAGAGAAGUGUUUGGCAUGGACGUGUGCCUCGAGGGAUUACAUGAAGACGGCAGCAGGCUUUCGCGCCAUUCUGUUGCUGUGCCCUUUGAACUCUCAGCCGCACAAAAGAGACUGUACUUUCCAGAAGACAGCUGUAUUGGGUGCUACUACUACACCGAGUUCCACGGCAAGGAGUCUAUCCGCUGCUCCUGGCUGGCUCAGGCGACAAAGAUUGAGCUCCACCGUUACGAGAAACGUGUUGACGGGCUCUCAGACUCGGACGAGGACGAUGGCGACUUUGCGUACCACGGAACAGAAGAUCGCGUGGCAAAAGAACGGCAAUGGGCCAGAGGUGUGGAUUCCGCCAUAAAGCUUGGCAAGGCGGCUCGUUUCCAAAUGCCGUCGCUGAACCCUUUAUCGCGCGCGUCUCAGCCCCCGUCCCAAGAACAAGCCCCAUUACGGGACUCGGGGCGUGCAUCGGGCAGCGGCAGUCCAAACGUCGCUUCGGUGCAUCAGCGGCCGGCAGAGCGCCCAUCAUCUACGUUUGUCUACGACCAAGUCCGCACACGAAAUGAGACAGCGACAACACCGACACAUGAUAGCCGACCUCGACGGGAAUCAGCGGUGUCAAAGCCGAAACAACACCAGACUCUCGCCUCCACGCGUACGUCUAGGUCUGCAACGGCAUUGCACAUGCCGGUAUCUUCAAUCUCCCCGGAGCCGCCGUCCCAGACUAGUCCUCCCAUUCAAAUUCCCUCUACCCAGGCCAGCCACCCAGUUCAAGCCCCUCCGGCCCAACUUCAGAUGGAGAGCUGGGAAGUUGCGCCAGGUCGAAUGGUUGACGCGACACACGGAGAAAACAUUGGGUACUCGAAUGCCUAUUUGAACGGACGUGAGCCGGUCGAGGUCUCUCAAGACGUUGCUUUCAACGUGAUUACGAUUAAGCCGGGCGACAAGGCGAGGUGGGAAGCGCACGAAUCGCAGCUACGGACCUGCUCUGUGGCGUCGGGCAAAAUCGAGAUCAAGAUCGGGACCAACAAGUUUGGCAUGGGGCCGAACAGCGUGUUCAUCAUCCGGCCUGGCGAGACGUGUGUGGUAACUAACAAGCUGUACGUUGACGCCACAGUUCACUGCACGACAGUAAAGAAUUACUCGCUUUUGUCUUGA